UGGUUACUUACCAACCGGGAGAUGCUGAGAGGCUCACCCAAGCAGUCGGAAAGUGCAUUCUCAGAACCUGAGGAACCCGAACUGACCGAUCCCAGACAGGGGCGGCCAGUUUUUCUCUGCUCCCCUAACUCCUAGGGACCUUUGGCCCCAACCGAAUCAUGACGUCUCUCCUAUGCAGGGCGGCCUCUGCCAACGCCGUGCCUUCUCAAGAUCAGGCUUUGAUGCCCUCUUCCAAAGCCAAGGGCAGUAAGGCUCCGGCCAAGCAGGGCCACCCCCGAGGCAAGGGCUCGGUGGGGGCACAGGCCUGGGCCCCAGUCCAUUCCAAGGCGGGACUCCGCCGCCACUGUCCAGUGAAGACCGCUGUGCACACACAGGUGGUUGAGUUACAAAGGAAGAUCCAACUGCUGGAGGGUGACCGGAAGGCCUUCUACGAGAGCUCCCAGUGGAACAUUAAGAAGAACCAGGAGACCAUCAGGCAGCUCCGGGAGGAGACCAAGGCUCUCCAGGGGCAGCUGGCGGUCCUGCUACAGGGAGACAAGAACAUGGUGCAGGCAGUAAUUCAAGAGUGGAAGGAAGAGAAGCCGUACCUGAAGAACAGGAUGGCCCAGCAGGCCCUGGAGCACCUGGACCACCAGCUGAGCGGGAAGGUGAAGCAGCUGAAUGCCCUGCGACACCAGGUGGUGCUGCGACAGAGGCGGCUGGAUGAGCUGCAGCUGCAGGAGGGCCUGCGCCAGCUGGAGAUGGCCGAGGUGCAGGACAGCAACACCGAGAUGGCCAAGACCAUGCGGAACCUGGAGAACCGGCUGGAGAAGGCCCGCAUGAAGGCAGAGGAGGCUGGGCACAUCGCUGGUGUGUACCUGCAGCUCAAGGCCUAUCUCCAGGAGGAGGCCCUCGCUCUGGGGAACCAGCUGGACGCCAUGGAGGCCACGGUGGCGAAGACUAAGCAGGAAGUGCAGGAACUGCACGUGGUGAACCAAGAGGCCCUCCAUGCCCGGGACAUUGCCAAGAACCAGCUGCAGUAUCUGGAGGAGAAGGUGAUCCGAGAGCGCAAGAAGCGGGAGCUGCACAUAUCUGACUGCAAGAAGCGCGCAGAGGAGAAAAAACUCCAGAACGAGUGCAUGGAGCGCAAGACCCAGCGGGAUCACCUGCUGCUGCAGUCGGAGGACACAAUCCAAGACCACCAGCACGCCAAGGAGGAGGAGCUGCGGCAGCGCUGGAGCAUGUACCAGAUGGAGGUGACCUUCAGCAAGGUCAAGGACGCCACCGGCGCGGCUGAAACACACUCGGUGGUGCGAAGGUUCCUGGCCCAGGGCUACACCUUCGCGCAGCUGGAGGCCCUCAAGAAGGAGAACGAGCAGACGCUGGUGAAGCUCAAGGAGGAGAAGCAGCAGCUGCAGCGGGAGCUCGAAGACCUCAAAUACUCCGGGGAGGCCACGCGGGUGAGCCAACAGAAGCUGCAAGCAGAGUUGCAGGAGAGCCUCAAGAUGGAGGAGCAGCGACGCACUAAGGCCCAGGAACAGCUAGACCGCACCACGCGAACCAUGCAGGUGGUUAAGGAGAGCCUGGAGCAUCUGGCCAGCAAGUUGAAAGUCGUCACUGUGCCGCAGGAGGACGACCCCUUCUCCGGAAAGGCGCUAGACCCCGCCGCAGGUGACUAUUUGCCCAACCUGCUGGGCCUGGUGGAGAAGAAGCUGCUGAAACUGCAGGCCCAGCUCGAGAGCCACGACGUGCAGGAGAUGCUGCGACACAUCACCAGCCGGGAGUUCCUGGUCACCUUAGAAGAAAAGCUGCCCCGGUACAACACUCGCAUCCCCCUGCCCCCGGCCAGCUCCAAGGACAAGUUCUUCGACGAAGAGGAGAGUGAGGAAGACGACGACGCGGUGAACCGGGCCUCCUUAAAGAUGCGUUCCCAGAAACUCAUCGAAACGCGCAGCAAGAAGCGAGGUCGUGAGCGGAGGACCUAGCCACGCGGUGCCCAGUCCUACCGUGCCCCCGAGCUCUCUGGGCCCAGCCAGGGCUCCACGGGGCCCCUUGAAGGGCUGGAUGGGGCCCGGAUGGGGAGCAGAGCAGGCCGGCCGGCCCGGAGGAGAGAGGGGGCCGGGCUGGAUGUUCCCACAGUCAAUUUCCCGAGCUGGGUCUGCAACCGCCGCAGAAUCGUGCAAUAAAGGUCGCCCACCGGCCU